AUGGAGUACUACAGCUUCAUCCUGCGUCUACUACCCUUAUUCUCCACCAUAGCUUUCCUACUGUUGCUCACUUGCUUUAAUAUCAGUGCUGCGAACUCCAACAACUCAAACGUAACCACCUCCUCUUCAUCAACCUGGUAUCCGGCCCGCGCCACAUGGUACGGAGACCCCCAUGGUGCCGGAAGCGACGGUGGUGCAUGUGGUUACGGAGAUGCGGUGGAGAACCCGCCUUUCUCAUCCAUGGUUUCAGCAGGAGGCCCCUCGCUCUUCAAAUCAGGCCACGGAUGUGGCGCUUGUUAUCAGGUGAAAUGCACCGGAAAUGGUGUGUGUUCUGGGGAGCCGGUGACGGUGGCGAUUGCUGACUUGUGCCCAGGAUGCCUCUCGGAGCAAGUCCACUUCGACAUGAGCGGAACGGCAUUCGGGGCCAUGGCGAUCCCUGGCGAAGACGAUCGGAUUCGCGAUGUGGGCGUCCUCACAGUACAGUACAUGCGAGUCGAGUGCAAAUAUCCAGGUUAUGACGUGGCGUUCUACGUGGACUCGGGCUCGAACCCGUACUACUUCGCGGUCGCGGUGGAGUACGAGGGUGGGGACGGGGACUUGUGGGGACUGGAUCUGAUGCAAGGUGGGUCGGACCAUUCGUGGCUCCCCAUGCAACACUCCUGGGGCGCGGUUUGGAUGUUGAGUUCCUCCGGCUCGCAACUCCGCGCCCCGUUCUCGAUCAGGCUCACCACCCUCUCGACCCACCGGACCGCAAUCGCGAGUCGGGUGAUUCCUAUUGGGUGGAAACCCGGUUCGACCUACCGGUUCAGGAUCCAAUUUAGCAGUGUCUCAGCUUAA